UUAUGUUAGAGAACAGAAAGAAAACUAAAAAGACGCACAUAAUCACUUUCUUCUUUCUUCUUCUCUGUUUUUUCUUUGAACAGAAACAUCAUAAGAAAAAGAAAAGAAAAGAAAGUGGUUACGAUUUCCCUAAUGUAAUGCAUCAUAAGAAAUCCGAACUUCAGAUCGGAAAAGAAAGCACCGGCGUCUCUUCCGAUUUCAACCCUCUCUGCCACCACCCCAACCACCACCACCACCCUAUCCCCAACCUAACUCCCAACCUAAACCUCCAGACCCAAACCUCAACAGUCCCCUAUAAAAGACCCUCCCUCUGCAAAUCCCCAACCCUCAACAGAUUUCCAAAACCGUGCCGCGCCACCGCUCCCUCCGCCACCACCGCUACCUGGGUAUCCUCCGUUGUCUCCCUCCGCUUCCGCCUACGCCUCUUCAUCUUCUUUUCCCUCCCCUUCUUCUACUUCCUUGUCUCCCACCCUACAAACUCCUUCAUCCUUGAUUUCCUCGCCGCGUUCUUCUUCUCCGCCGCGCUCUUCUUCUCGCUCAGCCUCGCCCUGCCGCGAAUCCCCUCCAUCCGCUUCUUCCUCAAGCCCGAGGCCCGGCCUGCGCUGAAGCUACCCGUGUUCUGGGCCCGCCCGGCCCAGCCCGAGUUUCAAUUCUGCGUGGUUGCGUACCCGAACGGCGACGUUUACGAGGGGGAGUUCAGAAGAGGGAAGUGUUGUGGGAGUGGGGUUUACUACUACAGCAUGAGUGGGAGGUAUGAGGGGGAUUGGGUGGAGGGGAAGUACGAUGGGUUUGGGGUGGAGACGUGGGCGAAGGGGAGUAGGUACCGGGGGCAGUACCGCCAGGGUCUUCGGCACGGGUUCGGGGUGUACCGGUUUUACACCGGCGAUGUUUAUGCCGGGGAGUGGGCCAGUGGGCAGAGUCAUGGCUGUGGGGUGCACACGUGCGAGGAUGGCAGCAGAAAUGGGGAUACAUAUGCUGGUGAAUACUUUGCGGAUAAGAUGCAUGGAUAUGGGGUAUAUAGUUUUGCAAAUGGCCAUUGUUAUGAAGGAUCCUGGCAUGAAGGCAAAAGGCAAGGAAUUGGAAUGUAUGCAUUUAGAAAUGGAGAAACCCAGUCUGGUCACUGGCAAAAUGGAGUCAUUGACACUCCCAGCUCACAGAGUGCCACCUAUCCUGUUUCUCCUGUUGGUGUCAAUCAUUCCAGAGUACUAAAUGCAGUGCAGGAAGCAAGAAGAGCAGCUAAGAAGGCCUAUGAUGUGGCCAAGGUAGAUGAAAGGGUGAAUAGAGCAGUAGCAGCAGCUAACAGAGCAGCCAAUGCAGCUAGAGUAGCUUCUGUCAAGGCUGUGCAAAAUCAAAUGCAUCAUAAUGUCAACAGCAAGAGCAUCCCAAUCCCCAUUGUGUGAGGCUAUCAGCUGAAACUUUUGUUACAGUAGAAAUGCACGAGAUUGUUGGAAAAUGUCGAUAUUUUUAACUGAGCCAUUUACGCUGCCAUUGUCACCACUGGCUGAGAGCAAGCAGAUUUAUUAUCCUCUGCCAUAAGUCAUAGGGGGAGAAAGGGUGAUGGCUUCCACCUGGUAAAAAAAACUACAUAUUUUUUCCCUUUGCCAACAUCUUGUAAAUUUAUUUAGAUGUAAAUGCUGGUGUGCUGGUGAAACCUCAACCCAACUCUGAGGUCAUUAGAGCUGUAAAAUUGAUUUCUGUACUUUCCAAUGCCUAGUGUCCAUUUGGUUUGGGGUUAGUAGAUAGAAUUGACUUGGAAAAAGGUUGAGAAAGAAAUUCUACUAAAUCGAGUUAUAUUUCA